AUGUGUUUGGCAUUUUUAUGUGUUUCCAAGGCAUUUCCAGAAAUAAUAAUGGACUAUUUUGAACAAACCUCACUGGAUAAGUAUAAAUUCAUAGACUAUUAUCGGCACCGCCAGAAACAAGACGAUUUUAUGUAUUCUUUCCGAGAAGAGUCUGACAAGCUCUCAUAUUGCUUGGUAUCAUUGGCUCAAAAGGAUACGCCUGAGAUCAAAACAGCUGUCGAAAAAUGUGAAGGUCCUGCUGAAGUCCCGAGAAGAGAUAAUAUACUUUCAUGA